GUCCUCCCAUUCUAGCUGUGCAUGCGUGGCUCCCGGAGCGCGCAGCACGGCGAUCAGUGCUGACAGCUCAGGGGACAUGUACACAGAUCAUCAGGGCACUGAUGAUCAGUGUGCCCUGAUGAUCUGUGUAGCCCCAGCAGCACCACCUGUCAGUGUCCAUCAGUCCCAGCUCUCAGUGCUCAUCCAUGCCACCUGCCAGUGCCCAUCAGUGCCACAUUUCAGUGCCCAUCCGUGCCACAUAUCAGUGCCCAUCUGAGCUGCCUUUCAGUGUCACCCAUCAGUGCCACCUAUCAAUGCCAGUCAGUGCCACCUAUCAGUGCUGCCAAUCAGUGCCACCUAUAAGUGCCAGUCAGUGCCGCCUAUUAGUGUGCAUCAGUGCCGCCUAUCAGUGCCCGCCAGUGCUGCCUAUCAGUGCCAGUCAGUGUCGCCUAUCAGUGCCGCCUAUCAGU